AUGGCGACGUUGGCCCGGACUUCGUUUUGUGCAUUAGCUAAUUUUAACAAAGCUGUACAAAAAAGUUUGCCUCGAGUAGGAUUAUAUUGUUUGCAAAAAAAUGGAUUACAUCAUCAUAUUAACGGCAAAUUUACUGCCACUCAAUUGUUAAAAAAUAAGACCUUUAUACUGGGAACUUCAGUUCAGAAUCGGCUUUUUGCUGAAGGCAAAUCAUCAAUUAUUCAGUUAGAAGAAAGAGUAUUAAAAGUUUGCGCGGAGUUCGAAAAAAUACCAUUAAACAAGAGGGAUUUUCUUGAGACAUCCAUAAGGUAUUACGCCAUUAAACCACCGCUCAGUUUAGCCUUUAUUAAGGACAGAGUGUUGCUAGUCCUUAACCUUUUUGAUAAGAUUGACCCCAAUAAGCUUAAGUUGGAUUCGCAUUUUAUGAAUGACUUAGGAUUGGAUUCUUUAGAUCAUGUAGAAAUAAUAAUGGCUAUGGAAGAUGAAUUUGGAUUUGAAAUACCAGAUGUAGAUGCUGAAAAACUCCUUAAACCAGCUGAUAUUAUAAGAUAUGUAGCUGAUAGAGAAGAUGUUUAUGCAUAA